AUGUUAAAACCGAAAGCAUUAACCGAAGUGCUUGGACAAGUCAAUACACCAAAUACGAAAAGUGGUGCUUUCCUAUUAAAUCGUGAAG